AUGCUGCUGCCUCGGAGCCCCUCCAUGUUCGAGCCCGCCUCACGACCACAGCCUGGACUGGCCAGCCCCAACCAGUUGACCCGCGACAGCAAAUCUCAACCCAACGAACGCACCGCCGGCUACGUCGUCUGCACCACCAGCGGCUACUCGGUUCUCGGACCCGAUCUGCAGCGUUGGCUGGCGGUCAACUCGCUGUACCGAUGGCUGGCCAGCGGUUCCCCCUCACCGCCGGCCGUCGUGAAGGCGACCACUCCCACUUGCCGACACACAGUCGCCGUCGACCGGCAGAAGCUGUCGCGCCGGACGACUCACGUCGACGAUUCCGGCGGCCAAACUGAGCGCAGCGUCUGUGAUACCCGUCGGACGGGGACUCUUCUGCAGCCACCCAAUCCGCGCCGUACGGCCUCUCCCCAGCCCCUCCCCGUCAGGCCGCCCGACGCCCUUGGCGACGGCACCGGACACCGUCGUGGCAGUCGAGAGGCCGAUCACAUGGCGCCUGACGACCCGUCCAGCUCUCCUCCGUCCCAGCCGGUCUUGGAGCAACCGCCCCGCAGACUAACCAGACUUCUUCUUCGCCUCCUCAACACACAGCGCAUCAUCAUCUAG